CCUAUACCCCGUGCCCUUCGCCAUGGCUACACCAAGGCUUCCGUUCCUCUAUCCGAACAUAAUGCGUGCCGUGCGGUCAUGCGAACCCGCUAGCCACUGCACCGCACGGAUCCCGCCGAAGAACGGCUACGCUCCUUUCCACACGACUCGACGACGAGCACAAGAAACAUACCAUCGAAGAUACGGACCUGCUGCGGAGGCGAACCUGCCACCCCCAUCGCGGCCUAAGGAUGAAUUGGUUCAUUCACAAGUACCACAGUCAGCGCCGAAAGACACCAACACUCCGCCGAACACCGCCCCUCCCGAAAAGCUCCCCCCCCAGAAUACUAAAACUAGCGUUCCGGAAGUGUCUUCGCAAGCGAGGGACGAAGUGGCAUCUGAGACUAGUGAUAAUAAAUCAUCGGAUAAACCUACUCCGCAUGAGGGACCUUCAGACGAAAGUGACGACAUCGAGCAGUUUUCCGUGUCUCCCACAGAGAACACCAGUGAAGACCGACGUGAAGAACGACAUGAACACCCUAAUAGAUCAGACCCUCUCGAGGGUGUUCUCCACAUGCCUUCUCCUUCCUAUCUAACUCCCUCCGGUGGACCCGCUUCUGAUGGUAAACCACAUCUGACGCCGCCUCCCUACAUUCAUCAUUUCGAUAGCUAUUCCCUAGUUCGUAACCUCUCAACAGGCGGUUUCACCGAAGACCAGUCCGUCACAAUCAUGAAAGCGGUUCGGAAUAUACUGCAUAACAACCUCGAUCUGGCGAGGCAGAACUUGACUUCAAAAUCCGACGUUGAGAAUGAAUCCUAUCUGUUCAAAGCCGCUUGCUCGGAGCUCCAGUCAUCCUUGCAAACAGCUCGGAACUCCGAAAUGCAGCGACAGCGCGCUUCACGGGCACAGCUACAACACGAAGCUGACAUUCUUUCCCAGCGAACGAACCAAGAGCUUGCCGGGUUGAAAGAUGAUAUCAAGGCGAUGUUCAACGAUCAUAAGAUUACCACACGAGAGCAACAGCGGAGUAUAGAUACAUCCGUCCAGGAGCUCAAUUAUAAGAUCACGGUUUCGCUUAACAGCGACGGUAAAAGUGAGAUCGAAGGUCUGAGGUGGAUCCUGACGAGAAGAGCCGCUUUAGCUAUUGCUACAAGUGCUUGUAUGUCCCUUCAUUUUGUCGCUAAGGAUUCAGAACACUAACUGGAGACAGUCAUGAUCAUCUCUUUCCUCAAAUUUUAUUCAUCUCGCAAAGCAAAGGAUGUACCUGAAAACAAGAAAAAGAAGGCUUCGACCGAAAAAAUCAAAGAGAAACAGCCAAAGGACCCCGUCAUUGCGUCUGCAGCGCCAGUUCCUGAGGUCCACCUUACCGAAUCUCUAGGCUGAGGACAUCGUACCAUAAGCACAUUAAUACCGUCUCUUUCACUCUCGCUCCGUUUGCAAUUACACAUAAAUUGUACUGCCGCCUUUCCCUAUUCAUUCCCUGGUUUUCCAAAUGUCCAGGUUGGACCUUCACUGCUUCACAACACUGGAUUUCUCCCUUUUCUAUGUGUCACUUCGAUACCCCAGAAAUACACUUCCAGAUUCAAUAUAGAUAUAUAGACCUUUCGAACUACAUUCUCCC